AUGCGCCACAACCCAAGGUGUUUUCCUGGUCCUCUUCGGAGCUGCAUGCGAAGACCUCCUAGUGAAAAGAUGCCUGAAGCUCAGGGAAAAGCCAUCCAAGUGAAAGGGAAAGAGACCAAUAGGUGAGCCACACUAAUUCUUCACUUGCACCUUAAACAAGUUGUGGAAAUUCCCCAGGAACUUCGGUCACAUGUCUGGUCAAGGGCUCCCUGACUCAGAAGAUAUUUUCAAAAGGCACAGCUAUGCUUUUUGUUUUGGGGGAAUUUGGCUGCAUACACACCAUACGUGCAAAGCGCAUUUAGAGCACAUUCCCUCUCCCCAAAAUCUGGGAACUGUUGCUCUCACAGAGCUACAAUUCCCAACACCCUUAGCAAACUAGAGUUCCUAGGAUUCUUUGGGGUGGGAUGUUUAUGGCGUGUGUGAACCCUCAAUUGUUUGGUUUGCAUUGUUGUUUCUCAGUGACGUUGUUCGUUGUACAGAAUGCAUACAUGGGAUUUGGUCUGGGACUGUCUUAGUAUUAAGCACUAUAUAAAUAUAUGAAGUGAAAUGAAUGAAUACAGUAUUCUUGUUCCAGGAGAUAUCUAGUCUAGUGGCUUGAGUCGUUUUAACAGGUUGAUCCUCUGCCUUUUAGGGUUGUGCCUGCUGCUCCGAUCUCUGUUUUUAACUCUUUUAUGGUGGUACUAAUUUUUGUAUUUUCGGUGAAUGCUUUAAAAUUGAUAUAAGCCACCUUGGACAUGCACAGAGAGAUGUCUAUAGCAGCCUGCCCCAACCUGUAGACAUUUUGGACUACAACUCCCAUAAUGUUGUGCUCCUAUUAGCUUUGGUAUUGUGCAGUUAUGCUGGCUGGGGCUGAUGGGAGUUGUAGUCCAAAGCAUCUGGAGGGCAUUCAGUUGGGGAAGGCAGAUCUAUAGCUGCACAUGCCCCAGUUCUCUGCCUAGCGAGAAUUCCAGAGGGACAGCAUAGAGCUAGGUUCUACAAAUGCCUGUUGAAUUGUUUUCUUGAAAAGAGGUCUCUGGAGGCUUGCUGGCAUUUUGUGAUAUGUGCUUUAUUUGCAUACACACACACAGGGAGAGAGAGAGAAGCAAAGUUACUCAUGUUGAGCCAUAAGAAGAAGAAAAAUCUCCAAAAUUAAGUAAUUAGGAGCAACCAUAGGGUCAUCAAAACAUGUCAAGUUUUCAAGUUCUUCCUUUUUGAGGGGCGGCUUUUGGGUUGGUCCUAAGAAAGUUAUUUCCCAGCUGCGGGCUUUGGAAGUUGAGCACAGAAGAAGAAGAUACAGCUGAACUCCUGCAGAGGUCCCAAAGCUCCCAUCAGAUUUCUCAGGGAAAUGCCAGCAGCACCAUAAUAUUCUUACAGAUGACAACUCAGCCCUCUGUCCUUCUCUUAGCUUGACUGCAUACACAUAAUUAGUACAAUCCACAGCUGGGAGGAUGGAGGGGGAAGGUGACCCCCACCCUGACAAGGCUCUUUCUUCUCCUAGGAGGUCUCCAACCAUUUGGUCCUACAGCAACAAAUCACCAGUACUUGGCCAAACCAGGCCUGUCCAGCAUGUUGAACCACUUUAGCAGUCCUUCUAAUGUCUAGAUUCCAACCUUACAACCAUAGAACCACUCAGUUGGAAGGCAUCCAAGACCAUUCAGCUCGAUCACUAACCUUAUUACUAACCCAUCAUGCACUGGGAAUUCAUUUACAAAAGUUAAGGUUGAAGUUUGUACAGUGGUACCUCUGAUCCCUUGCAAAUGGGAUUUGUUCAUUUUGAGCAUCUGCGCAUGCGCGAGCGGCAAAACCCGGAAGUAACCCUUUCCGGUACUUCUGGGUCACCGUGGGACGCAACCUGAAAACGCUCAACCUGAAACAAACGCAACACGAGGUAUGACUGUACUUUUCUUUUUGCUUUGAUAAAAAGGUGCUCUUUUAUAAACAAAAAUUGGAAUGGUACGAAAUCCUAAAAGCCCUAUGUUGAAUUUCAGAAAUGCAGCCUCACGUGUCAUUGCAAAAUUUUGUUUCAGUAUGUCUGCAACAAUACAGUGAACCAUCUGCAUAAACCAGGACCGUGGGUGGCUUACUCACCAGGAGAGUCAGUAAUUAUCCAUUAUCUUUAUUUAUUUUCAGAUGGCAAAGAGUCAUGCCUAUUCAUUUGGUGAGAGAGGAGGAUAGGCGGAUGCCUCAAGGACAGCAGUCUGACAACUCUGAAACUCUUGAAUUCCACGUGGGCAAGAAAAAGAGCCUUAUGAAACAGUUUAGGGCAACAAUGAGGAAGUUAUUCCCUUUCUAUCAAAGGGCAAGGAAGAAGGCCAAGCUCCAUGGUGAAGAUGGCUCUCCAAAAGUAGUGUCUAAGACAACUUCUGUUCCCCCUAAGUAUCAUGCCUUUCCAAGGGCUAUUCAGGCCUUACCUUCUCCCAAAGUAUUUCCAGCACUGAAAAGGAAGAAGCUUUUACGGAACGGUAACUUAACUUGCUUUGCCAAUGACCACUUUGUGCGCAAAAUUUAAAUUAAGGCAAACUGGGCACACAUAGCAUGUUCAUGCUUCAAGGGUGCCUACUAAAAUACAUAAUGUAGUCCCUAAAUUGUGGCCUGAGCAGAACACGUAAAAUCCAUGGCCUGUAAAGUGAGAUGAGCAUCACAACCCCAGCCGUUCAUGACUGGAAUGGACUGGACUGUCAAUUGACAGAGGAUCAUUUUACCUUUAAGUAUAAUGUAGUGCAUGGGGAAAGGACGCGGGUGGCACUGUGGGUUAAACCACAGAGUCUAGGACUUGCUGAUCAGAAGGUUGGCGGUUCGAAUCCCCGCGACGGGGUGAGCUCCCGUUGCUCGGUCCCAGCUCCUGCCAACCUAGCAGUUCGAAAGCACAUCAAAGUGCAAGUAGAUAAAUAGGUACCGCUCCGGCGGGAAGGUAAACGGCGUUUCUGUGCGCUGCUCUGGUUCGCCAGAAGCAGCUUAGUCAUGCUGGCCACAUGACCAGCUGUACGCUGGCUCCCUCAGCCAAUAAAGCAAGAUGAGCACCGCAACCCCAGAGUCGGCCACAACUGGACCUAAUGGUCAGGGGUCCCUUAAUCUUUACCUUUAGUGCAUGGGGAAGGGGGAAAGGCAAUGUGUAUUUAUGUACUGCAUCUGCAUAAAGGUCUUUUGUGAUCUGCUCCUGGCCCAAGGAACAGUCAUAUUAAUUCCAGGUUACCUAAUCUAGAAUGAACAGAUUUGAUUUUUUAUCGGUAAUGAAACUGCUGCCAUUUCGGCUUGACUAUAUCCUUUCUUUCCUCUUCCUUCCUCUCUGAAGCAUCAAUUCAGCUGGAUGUAAACAUUGUGGAAGAACAUGCACAAAGCAUGCACGGGAAAAACACGGUUGUGCAAGCAAGACGGAUGAUGCGCCGCAUCUCAGUGGUGUCUCUGCCACCUGGGAUCCGAAAGGUAAUGGAUGAAUGCUGGAAAUUAGACUGAAUUUGUUGCAUUUAUUAAAUGGCAACCAGCUUGUUUCUUUAUAGAGCGAGCCGGGUGUUUUACCUAUGUAUCAGCUGAGACCCUAGAGCUUCUAUGUUAUUCACUUUAUGCACGUAUACACAUGCCAACUCAGUGCGCAUAUUUGGAAAGAAAAUGCUCACUUUAAAAUAUGGCGUUUAUGUACAUUUCCACAAAGUUUUUAAGUCACUCAGUUUAAGUACUUGCACAACUGGAGAGGAGAGGGAGCUCUGUCAAGUAAGCUGCUGAAAUGGGGCACUCGUGAAUAAAUUCAAACAUAACAUGUAUAAAAGUAGCUACAGUGGUGCCUCGCAAGACGAAAUAAAUUCGUUCUGCGAGUUUUUUCGUCUUGCGAUUUUUUUGUCUUGCGAAGCACGGUUUUAACGGGUAUUAACGGUUUUAAGAAAAAGGAAACAAACUUGCAAGACGUUUUCGUCUUGUGAAGCAAGCCCAUAGGGAAAUUCGUCUUGCGAAGCAACUCAAAAAACAAAAAACUCUUUCGUCUUGCGAGUUUUUCGUCUUGCGAGGCAUUCGUCUUGCGAGGUACCACUGUAUUUAUAUUGUGAACCAUCCUGAAAUCUGCAGAUGAAGGGUGGUAUACAAAUUUUAAUAAUAACAAUAACAAUAUUUUUCUGAGCUAUUUAGCUGUCCCUUCGCAAUGGCUCUUUCUUUCUCCCCUUUCGAAAUGAAUUUUCUGUGCUAGCAUCCACACCUACAGCUCCUUUGAUCACCUAUGUACAGCCCUGAUCACUCCAUUAAAAAAAAAAGGAUAUUGCAAAAUUAAAGGAUACAUUGGAAAAAACUCACUAUAAUCAGACUGAAGGGUGAUCACUGGUUGCACACUUCUUGCUUCUAGAGUGCUUGAUCUUAUCUGCGUUGUGCAACUGUUUUGUUAAAUGCAGAAGCAUAAAGGUUAAUAUAAUGCAGAUGUCUUGUGGAUUAGGAUGCAGCCCAUAAUAUAACUACUUGACCUGUGAGAGAAAAGGUUAAUAAACUAGGCAGGCUAGAUUAUAGAGCAAGCUUGCGGGGAAACAGGCUUUCAGUUUCUAAAACCCAAUUCAAAGACAACAUCCUGCCAAAGGAGGAAUUCUCUUUUUUUCAGCGCUGUUUCCCAAUUUUGAGCAGCUGGUUUCUUCAGGGGGGGAAACUACAGGACUUCUUGUCGGAUUCAAAUUUUGUUUGGUUGAUGAAGCCCUCUGCUGGUCAGACCCGAAAUUAAGUUUGUUCCUCUUUUAUUUGUUCAUAAAUGUGGCAAAAGACAAGUGUGCCUGAUGAAUCUUAAAAAAAAAGAAAAAGAAUAAGUGAAAAUAACCUAGAUUCAUCUUGGUUUGGGAAGCUUGUGUGCAGCAUACCCUGAAAAUUCAACACAAAAUUGCCUUGCUAGAUCAGAAGAAUGGUAUAUAUUCUCCAGUACUCCCUUGCUAACAGCAACCAAACAGAGGGCCCAGGGAACUUAUGUUGCUUAACUUCCAUUGUUUAAAAAUGUUGUUUCCAUUUUUUUUAAGCUAACAAGUGUAAUAGCUCUUAUAGACAUAUACCUUAUAGCAGGCAUAGGCAAACGUGGCCCUUCAGAUGUUUUGGGACUGCAACUCCCAUCAUCCCUAGCUAACAGCACCAGUGCCUAUGCCUGUCUUAUAGGAAUGCACUAUAAGGGUAGAGGAGCUUUCACGGUGAGAAGUCAUCCACAAUGUUUUAAAUGGGAUUGCACUGCACAUAUAUAGCUAUUUCCACCCUACUUAUUGAACAUAUCAAGAUACAUUUUUGACAGCCUGUAGCCUAUAAGCCAAUGCAUAAAUGUGUUAAAUUAAUUUUAACUGUUUUUAUUUUUAUCUGCAUUUUAAUUUUUUUGUUUCAUUGCAUUUUAUGAUACUGUACUAGUAUUAGCCAACUUGGGCACCAUGUGGUGGAAACAAGGGGUGCAAAUUUAAGAUAGAGACAAACAGACUUGGGAGUUCCCUGUAUGAACUUUCCCCAUUUAUUAUGAGGCUGGAAAUCUUCCGUGUUCACAAUACAAAUUGUCUACAUAGGUAUGGCAUGUUCCUUUCUCAUGGAAGAGAAUGGAAAGCACCUAUUCAUGUGGAUCACAGAAUUAUGUUCUUGUCUGAAUGUUUUGUUUCCCACCCCCCCAAAAAACAGGUUUCCUAUUUGGCAAAAAAGAAAAAUUUCUCAGUGUUCAAAAAGAAGAAGAAAAGUAUGCCACCAGUAUGGUACCAUUCAGACAUAACACUAGGGAAGCUUCAAAUGCAGGUAUCUUGAAUCAAAGCAUUGUUUAAUUAUACGGUGCAACAUAGGACUUGGCUAUACAGCUGCAAAUAAAAUGUUUGUAAGUGUGUUGUAAAGUGAAUUAUACAAAUGUGACAUUAGAUGGUGAUGGUGAGCUAUGGCAAAUUCAAUAUAUUUUUCAAAACGUCAAAAAAAGCAUUUUCAGAGUGUUUUUUAUGUAUCUAAAUUCCACCAUAGACCUUUAUCUUUCCGACUCCCAAUUCUUCCUUCUCCCUACCAGCAAACUAUGAACAGCAUGAAUGAUAUACUAUAUUAGUCACACUAGAGCAAACCCAUUUCUUUCAGUGGGUUUGCGUACCGCUCAUUAAUUGAAAGUGAGCCCAACUCAUUUUAAAGUGCUCAUGAGCUGCGCUUAAGAAUUGUUGACCAAACUUCACUGUCGAUUCAACCUGGAACCAGUCAAGUUUGCUCCAGAUUAUGGGGCUUAUGAGUCUCUCUUAUUGUGACUUUUCUUCUUUGGACUCCCCAUGUGAGAAAUUCUUAUUUUAGAAGAGUUCAGCGCUCAGCUCUUUUCUCAGGUUGAAGCUCCUGACCUGAUGGAGGGAUGUACUUCUGUCUAUCUACUGCAUGUCAGGAAAUAGAGUUAGAAGUUUCCAGUUUUCCAGAGGGAGAAAGUUUUCCCCAAGGGGGUGAAGAGAGCAGUGAAGCUAAUAGCAGAGAGCAACAGGAACAACAGGGAGGGACCGGAUGUUCACAGGAAAGGCAAGGGUUAAGUUAUAGCUCAGAUUAGGAGGAGGGGAGAUACAAGGCAGCUCUAGCAAGGAGGUCAGAAAAAAGUGGGAAAGCGAAAGGAAUGGCGUGUUCGCCAUUUUGAGAGUUGCUGGUCACGGAGAAGCAGAACUCAGAAAGUAUCUGAAAUAAGUGACUCUGAGGAGUAAUAGUUAAAGAAAAGAACCGUUUAUAAUAUUGUUUGUUAAUACGCAAUAAAAAGUUAUAAAAGAAUGAGAAGUGUUUGUGUGGUGAUCUGAAGAGGAGAACGACCAGUCCUGACACUGCACAUGCAGGAAAAUGCAUGUACAUUAAGUUCACAGCCUGUUGUGUUGCUCGCAUUGCAGUUCUAUGGGCAAAUUUUGUAUUGCUGAUAACAUUGUGUAGGAUAGUCAAUAUUUUCUAUCUUUACAAGUGACUGAAACCCUUCAUCUUUCUUUCAGUUCAAACAAAUUUGUUUUAUCUUGCUAUACUUCACCAUUUUUCAUCCACGUUUCUCAACAGGUGGAUAAUCUCUUGGAUAACAUCAGUGAAAAAUCCAUCCAGCUAUUGGCUCUGAGAAGUGCAGAGCUGCAGCAGUGCGAGUCUUUGGGAGACAGGAUACUGCAGUCCUCUAAGCAGUUCCAAAGGGUUUCCUUAAGAACCACAAAGAAGCAUAAACGGAAAAACACGUGCUUUCCGUGUAAAUGCUGUUGCUAA